AUGUCCGUCACCACAAAAGCCACAAUCGCCUCCUUUGGCGGCAAGCUCCUGAAGCUGAGCCAUGCCGCCACCUCGACAAAAUGCGAGAUGAACUUCAACCUCUACCUGCCCCCACAGGCCUUCCAGAACUCUUCCCAAAAGAUCCCCGUCCUCAUCUACCUGUCCGGCCUCACAUGCACAGCCGACAAUUGCUCCGAGAAGGGCUUCUUCCAGCACGGCGCAAGCAAAAAAGGCAUCGCAGUGCUCUACCCAGACACCAGCCCUCGCGGCCUGAACAUCGAAGGCGAAAACGACUCAUGGGACUUCGGCACGGGCGCCGGUUUCUACGUCGACGCGACAAAGGCGCCCUACGAUAACGGGUACAACAUGUACACUUACGUCACCGAGGAACUCCCCAAGACGGUCUUCGCGGCGUUUCCGCAGCUCGACUCGAGCAGGGUCAGCAUCACGGGACACAGUAUGGGCGGUCAUGGUGCUCUGACGCUGUUCCUCCGUAACCCAGGCAAAUACAAAUCCGUCUCUGCCUUUGCGCCCAUCGCGAACCCCAUUAACUGCCCCUGGGGCCAGAAGGCAUUCGCGGGCUACUUUGGCGAAGACCAGAAAGCGAAAUGGGCGGAGCACGAUGCUACGGAGCUGGUGAAGAAGUGGAAGGGGCGGUUGGAUGUCCUCAUUGACGUGGGUACCGGCGACAACUUCUACAAGCAGGGCCAGCUUCUCCCAGAGAACUUCGAGAAGGCCGCCAAGGAGGCUGGCGUCGAGGGCGUCAAUAUCCGCUACCAGCCUGAUUACGACCAUAGUUACUACACCAUGGCGACGUUCUCUGAUGACCAUGUCGAGCAUGCGGCCAAGUAUCUCUUUGCUUAG